GGUGGUGUCACCCACAAUUCUUUUGCAAAUCCUGCACAUCACAAUCAAUACCAUUGUAAUUACCGCGGUAGUCAGUUCGGUAAACCCCCACUAUUGUCAUGUCUUGCCCAAUGAAGUUGAUGCUGAACCCUUGGGUACCACGAAUGACGCCGCAGCGAUCACUCUUGGCUGUUCCUGAGUUUGCUGCAGAAUGUGGCUUUUUAGCUGCAGUCGCAGAAAUAUCUUGCUCUAUAAUUCUUUAAAACACCCCCGCCCGCACCAGCUGUGACAUUCAUUCCUUUGUAGGUGCGCAGGUGCAGACCCUUACAUGAAAGUAAGACGAGUUCUGUAUUCGCAGGUGAGUAAUCGCUAUAACCCCGCACCACUAAAGCAAUGUCUGGCGAAAUCACGAGCGAUGAGGGGCAUAGAAGCUCCGCGGACUCAACCUGCGACAACUCCCAUUCUCUAAGCAAAGGCACCUCUUCCAAAUCCAUGGCUGAAAUACUGCCCAUUACCAAGGUGCCAGCCUUGGAUACGAUCGAUCAAUACGUUGUCAACAGAUCGGUCGACCGUCCUAUAGCCAGAAGUCCCUCCGUGGACCUGUUCUGCAAUUCGGAAAUUCAGGACGUCACCGACGGCAUUAUCCAGGGCUACGCGAGGUUUGUCUCUGGUUUCACCGGGCUUGAGGAUGUCGCCUUCUUUGUAUCUCGCUCCUCGCCCUUCGUGUCGGGCACAGAACAUGUACGCGGGGUUAUCCGUGCAUCCUUCCUUGGUUCAGGUAAGGAUGAGCAGGGGAAGGGUCAACACAAGUGCGAAGUACGCGAAGUAGAUCAACGGUAUUACAACAAGGAAGAUGUCCAGUUUUCGUUGACCCUAGGACUGGAUGCCGGGCUUGAAAAUAGCGAGCUGCAACCUAGUGCGCCAGGAAAUGGAUUUGACGUGAGAGUUCUAUCUACUGCGAAUAGCGGCGUUCUGCGAAUCGAUUUUACCUACCCGACGCGACAGUUCCCGGAUACUGCAAUCUCUCAACUUUUGAAGACGCUCGCUUCUUACUUAGCCGACUCCUCUACAUUCCUUAGCCUCGAGAUACCUCCUCCGGAACUUUCGGUCAUUAAUUUCCCUCCACUCACGAUACCCCCUACCCGGGACAAUGAACAAAAUGAAGCUGUUACGGUCGAAAGUUCAAGGCCGUUCCUUCUUCACGCUGCUUUCGAGGGCUGGGCCCGUAGAAAGCCUAAUUCCAUAGCGCUUGAUUUUGUACACUCUUUAUCAUCUGCAGAGUCACCUGCAGAGCACAGCAUUCUUACUUAUGCCGCUCUUAAUACUGCAUCUUCGAAUCUGGCUGCACAUAUACGAACUCAUUUGUCCAAUGACGGUCAUUCAUGUGGCAGGGGGCGCAUCAUUCCUGUCUAUAUGUCGACGUCCCCCGAACUCUAUAUUUCCUACCUCGGUAUCCUGAAGGCCGGCUGUGCGUUCUCUCCGAUUCCUCAAGACGCCCCCGCCCAGCGAGUCCAAGAGAUUCUCCAAGACAUCGGUUCUCCCAUUAUCCUUGGCAAUAUGCCUGAGCCAUCCUUUGGGCCGUGGCGUGCGGAAAUCCCAGAAGCUGAAGCAACUACUCAUACAUGGGUUGACGUUGCAGAAGUUUCCAGGUGGAAGGAGAUGCGAGGGGAUCAAGCCCCUCUCACAGCUCCCCAUGAACCUCUCGUGCAGCUGGAUAUCAAUGAAAACCAGACCGCUUAUCUCUUGUUCACCAGUGGCUCUACCGGAAAGCCCAAGGGUGUUCAAGUAAGCCAUUUGGCAGUUACCUGCUCUAUUGAGUCCCAUGCUACAGCUAUUCCCCUCCCUGGUGAUUCUGUGGGGGACUUUCGCUGGUUCCAGUUUGCAUCGCCAACAUUUGAUCCAUCCCUUAUGGAAAUCUUUGUGACCCUAAGCAGUGGCGCUACUCUUUGCUCUGCCUUUCGAAGUUUAACCUUAACGGAUUUGGAAGCAACCAUCAAUGAAGCCAGAGCAACUAUAAUGAUGGCCACUCCGAGCUUGGCUGCACUCCUUCGACCUUCGCGUUUGACAACUCUCCGGUCGCUUUGGACUAUGGGAGAGAAGCUUAGUCGAACAGUUAUCGAGAACUUUUCUGAGAAGAAAUAUCCUAAUGGGGAAAAUGGCUCUUCAAGACCGUCGACCAUGUUGGUCAAUGCGUAUGGUCCCACCGAAGGUGCUAUUAACUGCACCUUCCUCGCCCCAGUCGACUAUUCCACCCGUGGUUCUAUUAUUGGAAAGCCGCUACCGACAAGCUCAAUGUUCAUUCUGGAUCCGAAUAGUUUCGUGCCUAAGGCUGUACCCUGUGGUAUUGCUGGAGAGCUGGCUCUAGGAGGUCCACAAGUCAGUAAAGGCUACUUGAACCGUCCUAAAGAGACUGCAAUGUCCUUCGUUCACAGCCCCGACUUUGGUUACCUUUACCGCACAGGUGACAUGGCCCGAGUUGUUUGGGAUGAGACUGGCUCCCAGGUCAUCGAGUUCCUUGGCCGUAUUACCUCUGACCAAGUAAAGCUCAGUGGUCGCCGUGUGGAACUUGGUGAGAUAGAGUCAGUCCUUUCCACUGUGAGCAGUAUUACAGAGGUUGUGGCGGUAGUAUCCCAGAGGGACUUAAACGUACUGGGCAGUGAACAGAUCUUCGCGUGCUUAGUAGCAGAAAAUACGUCCGAAGCCGAAAGACUCGAAAUCGUGCGAAAAGCGCAGCAGUCCACACAGCAACAUCUCGCGUCCUACAUGUGCCCGGCUGCAUAUAUUUUCUUCGACUCUCUUCCCAGAUCUAGCUCUGGGAAAGUUGACCGCAAAGCCAUAUCUACCAAGCUACAGCAGGGCAGUGCCAAACUUAUCUCUACCCCGAAAUUCGAAACUUCAAUUGAUUCGCAAGAUGGUUGGGAAGCCGAAGAUGAACGCACACAACAGGUGCAACAACUGGUAGUUCGCCUCAUCGCAGAGACAUCAGAUGAAGAGGUUUCCGUUAUCAAACCUGGAUCUGAUCUCUACUCUUUGGGAAUUGACAGUCUUGGCGCGAUGCGACUGUUACAGAAGUUGCGAGACAACUCUAUCGAAGGCCUGUCUGUAGGAGAUGUACUGCGGUCUGAAACACCCAAAGGAUUGGUUUCAAUCAUCGCAAAACCUCUUGCAGCAACAAACGGUAUCAAUAAAAACUCUCUUCUAGCAAAUGGCUCGGUUAACUCUUUAAAACAAAGGCUUGAAUCGUUCAGUACCAGGAACCAAUCGGUAUGCGCGGAGAGGCUCGGUCUAACCUCAGACAAGAUCCAGAAAUUCUUGCCUGCCACAGCAACACAAUCUGGUAUGUUGACCAGUUUUCUGCGCAGCUCAUCGGAUAAGUCGUUCAGUAGUCGCUCGUACAUCUAUCAUUCUGUCCUUACACUUGAGGCUGCAGUCGAUCUCGACCGCAUACGAAAGGCGUGGGACAAGGUUACCGCGAACUAUAAUUCCUUCCGGACAGUUUUCUGCUGGCUUGAUGAUGAUAUGGCUCCUUUCGCACAAUGCAUCUUGGCUACUAAUGCAGUCCCGCAGCCAGAUUGGAAUGUUUAUGAUAUCAGUGAAGGCAAUUUGGGGAAAGAAGCUCUCGACAAGGCUUUGCAAGACGCAGAAGAGACAAUUAACUUGGGCACGCCUCCUUGGAAGUUGUCUCUGAUCACAUCACCAGAAAAGUCGCUCAUAAUCUUGAGCAUGUUUCACGGAAUAUUUGAUGGUGGCUCGUUGCAACUUCUUCUAGAGGAUGUGUCUUCUGCUUAUAGUGGCAAACCUCUAGCGAAAAGAACAUCUCUGGAACAUAUCGUGGAACAUCAUUUCGGUGCUGAUCAUGCAGCAACUUCUGUCUUCUGGGAAAAGCACUUGGAGCACUAUUCGCCACUUUCUUUUCCUUCUGUUACGUCUUAUCGGGCUCCUUCAGUGAAAACAGCAGAUUGCGUAGAAAUUACCGCGCGCCUCAGCUACGACAGCUUGAAAAGAAAUUCAAAGAAUAUCGGGACAACCCCACUCUCGGUACUUCAAGCAGCUUGGGGCUCCGUUCUGCUCGCCUAUACGGGAACACCAGACCAAGACAUUGUGAUGGGUAGUGUGGUUUCUGGAAGACUGGAUCUUGAAUCAGAAAUAUGUAUUGGUCCGACAUUUACUAUUGUUCCCGUCAGACUCGCCCUGAACCAGAUCCCAAAAGAUAGCAGAGGCACUUGGACAAAUAGAUCUGUCGCCCGCCACCUAUCAUCAUUCAAUGCCAAGGCGCUGUCUCACUUGCAAACUCGUCUGGGGGAAUUUGGGAAAGGAGACGGUCGAUUGCCGUAUGACACGCUCAUCAUGUAUCAAGACUUCAGUGCUGGGUCAAGUGCCAGUGAGAUUUGGAGAUCAAUAGAACACCCACCGAUGAUGAACGACUUUGGGGUCAUGAUUGAAGUUUGGCCUGGAACCAAUUCAUCUUUGACCCUCCGUGCUAGUUUCAACCAUGCUCUUCUUGACACAAAAUCAGCCGAGGUCAUGCUGAGACAGAUGGAUGAUAUCACUUCAUUUAUACUUGAAACACCGGAGGGAAACUUCCUGGAUGCUCCAUUUCAAACUAACUCUGAACUGAAGUCAGCCUCCAAUCCAAUGUCAACUCAGGUCCCAGAAGUGUUAGAGGGGGCGCUUAUUCAUUCUCGAUUUGAGGAGCAUGCACAGUCCCAUCCGGAGGACACAGCGCUGGUUUUCAUGGGCGACUUGGAAGACGACAGCAACCCAUGUAACAUCUCGUGGACAUAUGGAGAGCUCAAUGCAAGAGCUGAUAAUCUUGCUGAAUAUUUACUGCAAAUCACUGGUUCACUGACAAAUAAGAUUGUGCCGAUAUGUAUUGAGAAAAGCCCUGCCAUGUAUGUCGCUAUCCUAGGAAUUCUCAAAGCUGGCGGUGCUUGGUGUCCAAUUGAUACUUUCUCUCCUGCACAGCGUCGCCAUGAUCUUAUUGCUCGAACGGGCGCCAGGAUUCUCCUUGUGUCUAAUAUUGACGGUGGUCAACCUGAAGGUUCCGUUCCAGCCGGGGUCGAUGUCGUCGAUGUCGGCCAAUUUGCAGCAAAUGAUUCUACCGUACUGGAUAGUGUGAGGCGUCUUGAUACUAGGCAAAGAACAUGUCCAGACGGUACAGCAUACCUGAUCUGGACCAGUGGCACAACUGGAGCGCCCAAAGGUGUUCCUAUCAAGCAUUCUGCUGCGGUGGCAUGUAUGAAAUCGCUUCGCAAGGAUAUCCCCACCAAUGUACAAGGCGGUGUCGUCCGAUGCUUGCAGUUUUCGCAAUAUACUUUUGACGUGUCCAUUCAGGACUUCUUCUACGCCUGGAGUGUAGGAGGAGUUCUCAUCUCUGCCACAAGAGAGAUAAUGCUCGGCUCGUUCUCCAAACUGUCAAACAUCACCAAGGCGACUCAUGCACAUCUCACCCCUGCAUUCGCAGCAGGUGUCUCUAGAAAGAGUUGCGAAACGCUUGAGGUGAUAACCAUGAUUGGCGAGAAGCUUACGCAGCAAGUGGCCGAUGAUUGGGGCACUAAUAUGCGUGCCUACAACACAUAUGGUCCCGCCGAAGUAACGAUAGUUUCCACUAUCAGGGAGUUCGGAAAUGAACAUAAGGAUGUCAAGAGCGCAAACAUUGGCUGGCCUAUGGAUACCGUAUCUGUUUUUGUGACAAAGGAUCAACGCAUGGUGAUAAAGAAUGCUGUUGGCGAGUUAGCAUUGGGUGGCCCCCAGCUCUCGCCUGGCUAUUUGAAUCAAGAGGAUGUCACGAAAGCAAAAUAUGUUUGGAACGAGGAAGCAUCCCAGACAUUGUAUUACACCGGUGAUUUGGUUCGCAUGCUUUCUGAUGGCUCUCUUGAAUAUCUCAACCGUGUCGAUGAUCUGGUCAAGCUCGGUGGUAUUAGGGUUGAGCUCAGUGAAAUUACUUUCGCUCUUGGAGGCUGUCACCCUUCUGUUGAGAACAUAGAAACACUCAUCCUCAGCCGUCCUGACAGACCCACGAAGGUGGUGGUUGCUUUCCUCUCUGCACCUGAGGCAGCCUCUACGGAACAUGACCAGCUGUUGGUGCUCAAUGAUGCUGCACUUGAGAUAGCUCGUGCUGCCAGUGGUAAAGCGCACAGUGUCCUUCCUGACCACAUGAUCCCAUCUGUUUAUUUGGUUGUAAAGAAUAUUCCAAGAACACCGUCUGCCAAGACUGACCGACGGGCUCUACAAGCAGCGUAUGCCGCUAUUGAUAUCGACCAUUGGGAAGGCCAAUUGAACCCUGAGAAUGCGGCUUCUGAAGAAUCUGAGAGUGAGGUCGACACAACUACAACCAAGAAGAUUGUCGGUAUGAUCGCAUCUGUCGCCAACAUCUCUUCGUCAAUCAUCACCAUGGUCAAUAGACUUCGAAGUUUGGGUAUCGAUUCAAUUCGCGCUAUUUACCUUACCUCCAGGCUUAAAAAGGCUGGGUAUCAACUGUCUAUGAUCGAAGUACUCAGCUGUGUUACCGUAAAAGACCUGCUAAAGUUAGCAGCUUCUUCAAACAACGCCGGUAAUACAACUUCUGAGACAUUUGAUCUGGAGAAGUUUAAUGACACAUGGCAUACGUUAGCAGCGGAAAAAGUGCAAGAAGAUUUCCGUACUAUACGUGCUACUACAAUUCAGGAAAGCUUGCUUAGCGAAACAAUGGGUACAUAUAAUUUGUACUGGAGCAAUCAUUUCUUCUCCCUGGAUCCCUCGGUGGAUCUUGUCCGAUUGAAGCAAGCUUGGUUUGCUGUCUGCCAAAAGACUGAGGCAUUGAGAACUGGCUUCAUCCCUGUGGCUGAGGUCGCCAACAGUGGCCAAGAUAAACUUGACUUCUCUAUUCUGCAGUUAAUUUAUAAGUUGCCUUCUCUGGAUUGGGAAGAGCAUAAAUGCGCAGGACACGAUUUGAGUGCGUUGCGCGACAAUCGAAUUGAGGAUAUUAUGACCAGACACCAAAAGAACUAUUUCAGUCAUCCACCGUGGGCUGUUACUGUAAUCGAAAAUGGCAAUGAGAGAAUCAUGAUACUUACCAUACACCAUUCUAUUCAUGAUGAACCUUCCCUUGGUCUAAUCAUGAAUGAUGUGCGAUCCGCUUAUACGUACAAACCACCCUCGAGGCACCAGCUUAGCAACGCCCUUUCGAUUGUUCUUCCAGACGAUAAGAGAAUUCUUGAGACUCGUAGCUUUUGGCAGUCCGAGUUGAAAAAGUUUUCAGAACUAGAUACUCCAGUGUGGCCUGACCUUACCGGAAAGAAAGUGGAAUCGGGAGUUGAACAGGAGUAUGAACUCAUUUCAGAGGAAAUACCCUUGACAGAAAAGACUACUAAGCUUCAAUCUGCUGCGGCUCAGCUGGGUGUGUCAUCUAUUGCCUCAAUUAUACGAGCAGCGUGGGGUUACGUCUCGAUUUGCUAUCUCGGAAUUCCAGCAGCCGUUUUUGCUGAAACCCUUUCAGACCGCGUGUUACACCCAGACCUUGAGGGCGGAGUUGGUCCAUUAAUUUCCGUCGUUCCCAUACCUUUUUACCCUCAAGGAAGUGCACGCGAGCUUCUUAGAGAACAACAUCGAAUCUCUAUCAAUUCUUGGAAGUAUCGCCAUAUUCAUGCUCGUGAUGUUCGAAAGAUGCUCAAUCGACCAAGGGGUGAAGCAUUAUACCCAGCUGUUUUCAACUUCCAUGUAGCCAGUGAAACCACGGUCUCUGCUCAGCCUCAAAUUUGGCAGGAGCUUGAGGACCAGAUUGGGUUACACGUUGAGCAUCCUAUGGCCAUGAAUGUAUUCCAACAUGCGGACGGUGCACUGUCCUUAGAGGCUUCUUCGGAUAGCCGCCUGAUGAGCCGGGAGCAGUUAUUGCUGUUUGUUCGUCAGGUCGAUGGCUUUGUCAGUGCCAUGUUGGCAUUCCCCGACAAAGCAUUGGCAGACCUCGUGAAUCAUCUGCCGACAGUUCAGAAGUCUAUCUCCACUAGACCUGUUUCGGAGCCUGUCCGUAAUUCAGUCCACACUAAUCCAACCUACUGGUUAGAGAAGAAUGCCAAAGAACAUCCAGAAUGGACUGCUGUAGAAGUCGCAUCUCACAUAGCACCUGAUGGUAUUGUGAAGGAGGCUUGGUCUUACGAUACACUUAACAUGGAAGCAAACCGUGUGGCCGCCUACAUUGCCUCACAAGGACAUAAAAAUAGGGUGAUUGGUGUUUGCUGUGAACGAAAUCUCUCUUCAUAUCCCAUAAUCAUUGGCAUAUUCAAGUCCGGGAAUACCUACCUUCCCAUAGAUGAAGGCCUUCCAAUUGAACGGAAGUCAUUCUUGUCCGAGGAUGCAGAUUGCCCCAUUGUCUUCACCGAGACACAAUUCUCGCCGUCAUUCUCCCAGGCCCCUGAAGGAUGCCGUGUUAUCUGUGUUAAUGACUCUUGCUUCCAAAGAUUGGUGGAAACAAUGCCCUCUGAGGACCGGGACUAUCAAUCUCAUCCAGACGACCCUGCAUAUCUUCUGUUCACGUCUGGUUCCACGGGUAAACCAAAAGGUGUGUUGGUCACUAGGGGCAAUCUGUCGUCCUUUAUAGAGUCUUUCGGGGAGUUCUGUGUUGAAGCGGCUCCUGACACCCUAACUCUGGGUGGCACUGGCAGGUAUCUCGCACAGGCGAAUAGAGCCUUUGAUCCUCAUCUUUUGGAAAUGUUCUUCCCGUGGCGCCAUGGAAUGACAACGGCGACCGCUCCUAGAGCCAUGAUCUUGAACGAUAUCAAAACAACACUUUCACAAUGGGAGAUUACUCAUGCAAGCUUUGUGCCAUCACUGGUAGAUCAAUCAGAUGUGCGACCAGAGGACUGUCCCAAAUUGAGAUUCAUGACUGUCGGUGGUGAAAAGAUCUCCAAGAAGGUAUUGGACACAUGGGCUGAAUCUCACAUUGCACUUGUAAAUGCAUAUGGCCCAACCGAGGUGACAAUUGGCUGUACGUUCGCUCAUGUUAAGAAAGAGACAAACAUGCGAAAUAUUGGACCACCAUUAACUGCCUGUGUUUGCCACGUUAUGAUCCCUGGCACAAUGGACUACGCUCUCAGAGGCCAAACUGGAGAGCUGGUCUUUAGUGGCGAUCUUGUCGGCAAAGGGUACCUCAACAGGCCUGAUGCCGCUGGAUUUGUCACGGGAUCUAACGGUGAGAAAAUGUACAGAACUGGAGAUAUGGGCCGUCUGAUGCCAGAUGAUUCAGUGGAGUACCUUGGACGUGGCGAUGACCAAACCAAGAUUCGUGGGCAAAGGCUGGAGCUAGGAGAGGUCUCUGAAGUGCUCCGUUCUUCCUCACCCAUCCCUAUUACUGUUGUUACCACUAUUGUUAAGCACCCAAGUCUCUCACGAGUUCAGCUUAUAUCUUUCAUCACGCGAUCUGAUACUCGUCGACAUCUGAACGAGAGUGCUACCUUUGUACAGUCCGAUUUCGCAACCUUGGGAAAGGAUCUCCAGGACACCCUCAAAAAGAAGCUGCCAGCAUACAUGGUUCCUGAACUUAUCCUACCCGUAACGUAUAUCCCGGUGGCACCAAUGUCCGGGAAGGCAAACCUCAAGGAGCUUCAUGCUCUAUUCAUGAAUCUCCCUCUUGCAGCCGUUCUUCGGGGGAACAACUCUAUCAAUAAAGACGGUAUUGUCGUCAGUCGUCCUUUGACCACUGACGAAGAAGCUUUGGUGAAGGUGGUCUGCGCCGUUAUCUCGUCAGACCCUUCGACCAUUGGCCCUAUGACAAAUAUCUUUGAGAUUGGUCUAGACAGUCUGAGCGCCAUAGGUCUUUCGAUCAAACUCCGAAAGAUCGGCUAUGAAGCUACAGUCGCUCUUGUCAUGAGCAACCCGGUUAUUGAACAGCUUGCACGUUUGCCAAGAACUACCUCGUCAUCAAAUGGAUUGGAUUCCGUAUCAAAUAUACGCGAAAGACUUCUCGACGUAGAGUCACAGUACAGAAAUAGCCAUCCUGCUGGAGUCGAUCUGUCCACAAUUACUUCUGUGCGUCCUUGUCUGCCCCUUCAGGAAGGCUUGGUAGCACGCUCCAUCAACAGCCAGGGUGACCAGCUCUAUGUCAAUCAUGUUGUUCUUCAACUAGAGAAAGUCAAUGUCACUCGGCUUAAGUCCGCAUGGCAAACAGUUGCCAAUGACAAUGAGAUCUUGAGAACUGCAUUUUCUCCCUUGAAUAAGGGUAUGGUGCAGGUAGUCUUCACGCCUGCAUCUAGUCAGCUUAGCUGGACCGAAGUAGAAUAUGAUAAUCUUGAGGAAUUGAUCGAGAAGUUCAAGCUGGAACAAGAGGAAAUCGCCCACGAUAUUAUUUCCAAUAUCUCUAAUACACCUCCUGUGCGAUUCCAUCUUGGAAAGACUCGUGAUUCUAAAGAACCACUCGCCCUCUUAAUCUCCAUCCACCAUGCUCUCUACGAUGGCGAAUCCUUCUCUAUGUUGAUGGAUGACGUUACUGCUCGUUAUGCAGAGGAGCCAGUUCCUGAGAGAGGUAUGCCUCUGGCGUUCAUCGAACAUGUUUAUAGUCAGGACAUGGAUAAGGCAAAGGAACACUGGGUUGGGCAUUUGGCCGGUUGCCAUCCGACAGUCUUCCGAGGAGAUCCUAAUCACAUGGAACACCCAACAUCGGUGCAUAGACAGCUUAGCAACAAGCUGUCUGAACUGGAGCACUGCUCAGCGAGUCUCCAAACGACAGUACCUUCAUUGAUACAGGCUACAUUCGCACUUCUUUUGGCAGAUACAGUGGGCGCAUCGGAUGUUACUUACGGACUUGUGCUUUCUGGUCGCGCUGUAUCUGUGCCAGGGGCGGACUCAGUCCUCCUUCCUUGCAUUACUACUAUCCCUGGUCGUCUCAAUACCAACGGGUUAAACACAGUUACUGACGUCAUUGGAGUUGUUCAGAAAUCGACUGUCAGGUCGCUUGACUUCCAGCAUACGUCUUUGAGACACAUUCAACGCUGGUUAAAUUCCCAAACACCUCUGUUCGAUUGCCUCUUCUCCUAUAUCAGAGCCACCGAACCACGGAGACACAACCUCUGGAGGGAAUUAGACAGCCACAUGCCUGCUGAAUACCCCCUUGCACUGGAAGUCGAGGCAAAUCAUACAACAGACACAAUCAAUCUGCACUGUCUCUUCUCGCCUGCGUUUGGCUCUCUUUAUAGUGGAAAGGAGUUUGUCGAGAAGAUGGAUGCCAUACUCUCGAGUAUCGUGUCUGGCGAAAGUGUCUCAUUGGAUAACUUCAACCUUCUUCAAUUAGAGGGAUCUAGCUCACGGGAAUCUUCCACCCAAUGGGAUGAAACAAUAUGGUCCAAUAUAGAAACCGAGAUCCGACAGCACGUUGCGUCCUUCUGUGGAUUGGAUAUAGCAGAUGUCACUAAGGGAGCUUCGUUCCUUAGCCUCGGAAUUGACUCCGUUACAGCCAUUCAGUUCGCACGCAAACUACGUGAAUCAGGUCUUAAUGCGUCUUCAUCCGACGUCAUGCGUUUCUCUUGUGUGGGUGCAUUGGCUAGACAUAUAGGACAAGCUUCUCUCGCUCAACCCACGACAAAUGGGGAACAUGCGAAGGGAACCACUAGUAUUCCGCUUAAUAUCUACCAAGAACAUAUCAGGCUACUCAGCGAUGAUGACUCUAUCUCAGCCAUGUUUGAAUGUACACCUCUGCAAUCGGGAAUGAUCACACAGACUCUUGCUUCCGCAGGACAGGUCUACGUUUACCCUCAUCCUGUCCGCCUUAAUGACUCUGUGGAUACCACUAAGCUGAGGGAUGCGAUAGAAGCGAUCAUCAAAAAUAAUGACAUUCUGCGUACUUCUUUCCACUUGGUAGGGGAGCCUGACUCUUCUUGGGUUGGUGCUGUGCACACGCAUCCUCCUCUUGAAUGGCUAGAGCUUAACUUGUCAUCUGACUCUGACGUCCUGUCUGAGGUCAAUGCACUCUUCUCGUUUAGUGAGGAAUCAUCUUUUGAGGUUCCGCCAAUCCGGUCAGUUUUAGUCAACCAGCCGGAAAGCAGGCUCCUUGUCGUCAUCAUGCACCACGCUCUUUACGAUGGUGCCUCUUUACCAUUCUUCUUCGAGGACCUUGCCAUUACAUACAAUGGUGAGGCUCCAUUGGAGAGACCACAUUUCUCAGAGACUGUUCAGCACAUCUUGAGUGGACAAGAUAGCUCCUGCGACUUUUGGGCGCGUAGACUACGCGGAUAUGAAGCCAUUGAGCUCCCUCAACUACCUGCGUCCGAAUUUUCGGACCGCAUGUUCAUCUCAGAACACCGAGUUGAUCUUGACUUGCCGCUGGUUAUUAACUCCUGUAAGAAGAUGGAGGUCACUGUACAAAGCGUAGCCAUGUUGGCAUACGCUAAAACCCUUGCCCAUUUUAUUGGAAAGCGUGACGUCGCAUUCGGACAAGUUCUCGCAGGUCGGUCACUGCCGGGGACUGAGCAUACCUUUGGGCCGCUAUUCAACACUGUAGCUCAGAGAGUGAGCUUUGAGCCGAAGUUUUUGAGCAACAGGGCCAUGGCGCUACGGUUGCAGCAACUCACUACCGAAGCACAGGAAUAUCAGCACGCGCCUUUGAGAGUUGUACAGAAUUGCCUAAGAAAGGCCGGUGCAUUGAAGUCUACUUCUCUCUUUGAUACACUUUUCGUCUUUCAAAAGAGCGCAGACUUUGUUGGUAGCAUCCUAGAGGAACAACAGAUUUGGACGCCGUACGAAACACAUGACUAUACUACUCAGGUCGAGUAUAAACUGAACGUUGAAGUUGACCAUUCUCGGGAUGGAAUUGUGGUCAACGCCUCCUGCAACGGGCUGUACAUGUCACAAUCUGCACUCAAUGACUUCCUUAAUAACUUUGCAAUCGCCUUCAAGGAUAUUAUCCAGCAGCCAACCAGAUGCGCCACAGUUGUACCUGAACGUCUCGGAGAGCUACCUCUCAGAUUGUCCUUAGAGGCACCCCAAGGGCACCUGCCUGAAGACUCUGAUGCACCUACUCACGAAGCCAUCGUCAAAUCUGUACUAGCGGAUGUCUCCGGGGUGCCUAUCAACAGUAUUACUCCUACUACGAGCAUCUUCAGUAUUGGGUUGGACUCCUUAUCGGCAAUUCGUAUUGCUUCCAUCUGUCGAUCCAAGGGGCUGAAGACAGGUGUGGCCGAUAUCCUCCAGGGUAACACUCUACGUGGCAUCAGCCAACGUAUCCGACCUAUCGUGGAACAAGCAGUUGAGCCUCAGGGCGCACUUAUAGAGGACUAUGAGCAAGUAGAGAAAAGGGUUUUGGAGCAGCUGAGCUUAGAGAAAGAGUCAAUUGAGGCCAUUCUUCCUUGUCUUGGUGGCCAAUUCUAUCACCUUGUUAGUUGGUUGAAGUCUGGUCGGAAGCUAUUCGAACCUGCCUGGUCAUAUUUCACUCCAGAUCGCAUCGAUGCCGAGAAACUUGAAGACGCGUGGUACCAACUUCGCCAAAGGCAUCCGGUGCUACGGACUUGCUUCGCCGCUAUCUCCCCAUCCGAAGCCGUUCAGGUAGUCAUGAAACACGCUGUUCGUGAUGCCGAAACUUUCAGGGUUAUCGAAUCGUCCACUUCCAUAACCGAGGCGGCGAAAUCACAGGCAAAGGCAGAGGCUUUACAACCUUCUUCGCUCUUUGUUCCCCCUGUGCGACUACGUCUCUUGAAGGCUGGUGACAGGGACGGAAUCCUCAUUCUAAUCAACCAUGCAGCAUAUGAUGCUUGGACGAUUCCAAUGUUCGUUUCUGAGCUUGGAAAGCUUUAUCGUAGUCAGAACUUGGACUCAAACCCUGACUUCCCUUCCUUUGUCGACUAUUCAGUCCGCUCUCUCCGUGAGGUCGAUGAAAAGACAUACUGGACCUCCGCCCUCGGCUCGAGUAUGCGCACCGUCCUCAACUUCAAGCAGAAAGACGAUCAAUUUCCAGAUCAGUUGUUCGUCGGAGCAUGGGAAAAGGUCAAGAACGUGUCCCAAAUGGAAAGCAAAUGCCGUUCCUUCGGUCUAAGUCUCCAAGCAGUUGUCCUUCUAGCUGUUGCUCGCACCCUUGCAAGAGUCACUGGAUCAGCAAGCCCCACCAUGGGCUUAUACCAAACAGGCCGCUCAGCCUCAUUCCCCAACAUUGAGAAGCUUUCCGGACCUUGUCUAAACGUCAACCCAUUCACCAUCCCUGGGGCCGUCACCGACAAGUCGGAACCCAGCCUCCUUGAAAAAGCCCUUGCCGUGCAAUCCUCGCUCGCAGAACGCGUCUUAUUCGAGCAGAGCUCCCUGCGAGAUGUACUUCGCUGGGUUGAUGCCCAAAAGCCUGGAUCUCCAAUUUUCAAUACCUGGAUCAACCUCCUGUGGAUGCAGAGUUCCGUUCCAUCUGCCGAUAAUGCCACACCAGUCGCAGAAUUCACGGAUAAUACGGAAACUUUCUUGCCUCUCCGCAUUGGCGUCCCAACGGACUUCAUCCCAUCUGAACCUCUACCUGGGUUAGACUUGACUUCUGUGUCUAUUCUGGAUACCUCUUUUAUUCCAGAUGAGAACGUCUACAUUGAUAUCGGCCCUGAUCAAAAGACUGAUACUAUUGGAUUCGGUGUUCGUGUCGAAGGUGGCGCUCUUUCUGAGGAGGGGGUUAAUCAGCUCGUGUCGGAUAUUGCGAGUGAGAUGGAGGGUAUCGUUUCUUCUUUGCAGUGAUGCAAACCGACAUUUCUUUGGGAAAAGAAAAGAAAACAAGAGCAUACCCUGACGUAAGCGUCCAUUUUCUGUCGAUCUGCAUGUUCUUGGUUGCAUUAUAGGUUUUGAUUAUUACAUGAGUACUACAUUGGAUAGAUUCCGGUUUAGUUUAUACCUGUCAAUAGUUGGAUAUAUUUACUCAUUUGUCAAGCUGCUUUGUUUGAA